AUGGCUGCUUCGUAUUAUAAUUGGGGAUAUCGUCAAAUCGUAAUCAAUUUAGAAAAGUGCGGUGUUGAGCCGUGGAUCCUCGACUUUUUACGCGUCCGACUGUUAUCGUUGAAGAAAAACAUGCGCCUCGCCAUGAUUGUGGGACAAUCUACAAAUUGUCCAUUGAGAUACUGGGGGCUGAAGAUGUACCGAGUCAUUCCAGUCACAUGGAGAAGAAUUCGUCCAGAUUAUGAACUUUUAAAUCAAUCUCGAGGAACAAUGAAGAUCAACGCGGUGAUGAGGGAAGAUCUUUUUCAAGUUCUCCGGGGACACACCCGUGUUCAUUCUCUUCGCAUUCCAUUGUUCCGUGGCAACAACAAUUCGUACCGCCGUCAGUUACCAGGACCAGGACUUAAUGAAACCCGAUCC